CAAUUUCACUUGUGCUUGAGGUAUAGCGGUGAAUUAUUGAAACCUCAAUGCCGUUCCAUAACCAGCCGUUGUAUUGCGGUGGUAGCAAUAUAGGCGUGUGGUUAGUGUACAGCGCAAUCAAUUUGCCAUUGCGUCGAAAGUGUUUGAAUUAACAGAACCAACUGGCAUUUAAAAUUAUAACUAGUGAAAGUAAGAUCUCUAAUUGCGGACAAGGCAAUUGAUUAGUAAAACUAAAAUUCGAUAUUUUGAAACCCCAACUCAGAACAGCGUAUCGGAAAGUAUAGGCCACUGAAUGGAUGCAGAUGUAUAAAAACACAAUUUGCUUGAAUAAUCUACAUCAGUCAACAGCUGGCAGUAAAACAGUAAGUUGAGCAUUACUGAGCAGAAUUACAUUUUUCACUACAUUUUUGAAAAUGAAAGCUUUUAUGCUGUGUUUGGUUGCCGCUGCGUUGGCUGGAGUUUUCGCCCAUCCGGAAGCGACUGCUGAUCCCCAAAAUUAUGCAAAAUCAACGUACAACUCUUACAAAAACAAUGACGAUUAUUGCCAUCCUCGCAAAGCUCCCAAAUGUUCCAAAAAUGGCACGCUUUCUUUUUGCCUUAAAGAUUCUGAAUACCCAGAAAAGGAAAUCAAGUAUGCAAUUGAGUACGAUCCCUUAAUUCUGAAGAAAUACGCCGACAUUGCUGAUCAGUCAGCUGAUAACUUGGUCGAUGGUUUGACUUCUUUGUCAGAGAAACAUUUUAGCUAUUCUGACUAUCACGGCAACACCUUUGAAAAGGGUAACUGGAUCGGUGAUGAGGGAUACAUUUGCCCUAGUGACGUGCUUUACGCCCGUCCUCUCCGCGCCCUAAAUGUCGAAGGUGAAUGGCGCGUCAUUGUUCAAGAUAUUGCCUGGCCAGGAUACACCCAAACUCAACGUAUUGAGAAAUGUCUAUUCCCGGGCGCCUCGUGCCGCACUUUGGCCCCCUGUCAUGGCAGCAAAUGCCUCCAAAAAUACGUUUACCAGCGUAUGCUUUCUUUCGAUCCUUGCAAUGUCAAGAAAGGGAUUUUCAUCGACAUCUACAAACUGCCAUCCUCCUGUUCUUGUCACCUUCCCAGUAAACUAGAAUAAUCCUUUUUCCACUGUAUGACAAUAUUAAUGCUCACGAUUGGUGCGAUUACAGGGGCACCUUUUCAUAUUAUUGGUCAGAUUAUCCAAAAUAAAGAAUCCUUAUUUCACA